AUGACCUCGUCCUCCUCGCCCCACGUCUCCCGCGCCUCCAUCGACAUUCUGGAGGAGCUGCAGCUCAUCGCCGCUCAGAACAUGGAGAAGCUGGAGAUCAACCGGUACUAUGAGGUCAUCCGCGAGCUGGGCAAAGGGACCUACGGCAAGGUGGACCUUGUAGUCCACAAAAUCAGAGGCACUAAAAUGGCCCUGAAGUAUCUGCGGAAGAAGACCACCAAGCUGAAGAGCUUCCUGCGAGAGUACAGCAUCUCCCUCUACCUGUCGCCCUGCCCAUACAUCAUCAACAUGCACGGCAUCGCUUUCGAGACAGACGACUACUACAUCUUCGCCCAGGAGUACGCCUCCGCCGGUGACCUCUUCGACAUCAUUCCACCCCAGGUGGGUCUCCCUGAGGCUGUUGCCAAGCGCUGUGUCCGCCAGGUGGCUAUUGGUCUGGACUUCCUGCAUGGCAGGAAGCUGGUGCACCGCGACAUCAAGCCCGAGAACGUGCUCAUCUUCGAUCGCGAGUGCCACAAGGUCAAGCUGUCGGACUUCGGCAUGACGCGGCGCGCCGGCUCACCGGUCAAGCGCGUCAGCGGCACCAUCCCGUACACGGCCCCCGAGCUGUGCGAUGCCUCGCGGCGCGACGGCUUCCUGGUGGAGCCCAGCACGGACGUGUGGGCGUUCGGCGUGCUCCUCUUCUGCAUGCUCACGGGCAAUUUCCCGUGGGAGAAGGCGCUGCCGUCGGACGCCUUCUACGAGGAGUUCUCCCGCUGGCAGCGCGGCCGCUCGGCCCAGGUGCCCUCGCAGUGGCGCCGCUUCACGCCCGAGGCGCUGCGCAUGUUCCGCCGGCUGCUCGCCAUCCAGCAGGACCGCCGCUGCUCCGUCAAGGACGUCUUCGCCCACUUCGACGACUACUGGAUGCUGGACACGGAGAAUGGAAAUGUACCCGGCGUCAUCACGGGAUCGGUGUCACCUUCGGCGGUGUCGUCGGCUGGGGCGGGGGCUCACUCUUCCUCAUCCUCCGCGGGCGGCAGCGGCCCUCCCGCCGAGCUCAGCUGCUCUUCGUCGUCCGAGGAAGAGGAGCUCAUUGAACGUCUGAAGCAGCAGAGCCUGACAGCUGUGGUGACCAAGGGCGGCAUCGUCAUGGAGCCCGUGGCAGCCUCGCACUACUCCUCCUCGGUCAACAGCUCGCCCGCCUCCAACGGCGGCUACGAGCGUGGCUCUCGCGACAGCAACGGCAACGGCGGCCGCAUCCUGGUCACCACACCCAUCGAGAUUUGUGUGUAACCGUUGAUAGCCGUUUUAUUUUUGUUAGUAAGCUGUGAGGCAGAUGCAGUUUAGAUUACUACUGAAACACUGGCCACCUUGUGGUCAGGGGAGGAUGUGAAGAGAGACAAGACCGAUAAGACUGUGUAUAUGGGACUGGAUGACGGACAAUGGGAAAGGACAUGAGCUAGUUUAGACAGAGGUGACAUUUCACUUUCCAAAUUCCCAGUGUCACCGUGACAAAGUGUGAGGGAGAGAGGAAGACAAUCACAGCUCAUCCACCCUGUGUGUGAAGGAGGUGACAAGGUCACAUUAACACCCACAACAGUAAACAAACAACAAUGGAGACCAAACUGCAUCCCCUGAAAACUAACUCGAAGGACAAGACGCCUGCCCUCCAUUUUAUUUUUGCAGUGGAUCUGGCAUGAACCUCAUUUCCCUAAAGCAAUAUAUCAAAAACAACAUUGUGCAGUAAAGACCAAACAAGCAAACCUUUAAAAAGAAAUGAACAACACAAGGAAGCACAAAAAACACAGGGAUGGAUGCCUCCGCAGAUGAAGACGUGUAAAAUGGACAGUUCUGAACCAACUGUUAAGUUAUGCUUGAUUAUCAAUUUGUAAAUGCAAUGUUAACAGUGGGUCUACUGUGUUUAUAUACUUGCGUGUUUGUGGGUAUGAACCCAUGGAAGAGUUUUUUUUUUUUUUCUUGUUUGGCUGAUAUAAGUUAUUUAUUUGAAUCUUAACCUUUAUUUGUGGCCAUUCAUUUUUAAGUGGUAACAUUGGGUUUUUAAAAACAACUAACCUUUAUGACCACAGCUGCAGUUAGGGAACAUCAAACAAGGCCUCAUCGUUUGGUUUACCAAAUGUACAAAGUAUAGUUAAAUAAAAUAACAAGUCAUUUUGUGAGAGCAGUCCUGCACCAUCACCUCCCCGCCCCUCAACCACUGUUCGAGCUGUGGAAACAACAACAAAUAGUUGCCAGUCUUACUCUGAACCAGGAAAACAAAAGAGUAAUGUUUGUCCGAGAUCCAGAGAAUGGGGUCAUGUUUACAUGCUUUGGGUUUAUUACUGGAACAAUAAGCUACGGGGUUCUCUGUUUUGUAUGAUGUCACUGGGUUAGGCCCUAGCAAGGGAGUUGAGGACUUGAGAAGACUGUAUAGCUGCUACACCACAUGCUCAUGUACACAGAUGCACAUGCACAUACACACAGGUGUAAAAAACACAUGGAGGAUUUUGUUUAUCCCCCCCCUUUUCUUUGUACUCAGGUAUGUCAACAAGCCUUUCAGUAACGCUUCAAAAUAGCAUUAUUCAUAUUUGCUUUGUAACAGCAAGACAGUUAAAUGAUUACAUCACCAGAAUCUCAAAUCAUUUAGCAAUUUAGCCCCCCCCCCCCCAAACAAAGCACUUAACCCAAUAAAACCAGGUUUGGAUUAUGUAAGAAAAGUGUACUGUAGACACAGUGCUGCCAAGUAGUCAUUUGCAGAGACACAGAGGAAAUGCUUUCUGUCACAGAUUGGCAGACCACCUGUGGAGAGUGCUGAGAUCCAUCUGCAGGGAAAGAUUAUUAUUCUCCCUCUUGCCACGUACAGCGCUAUUUGGACACUUGCGUUUGCAGUGUCAUGCUAAGACCUGCUUUCUCAAGCCUGCAAAUUAACUUCCCUGUGUCAAACUGCAAAAAAAUGACUUCAGAACAUAUGGCCCACAUGGACUGAAACAUCUCUCAAGAGCAAUGCUGCUGUUAAGGUCAGAAUAUUUUAAAUGAAAUGAGGCGGGAGAUAUUAAUUACAUUAAUGAGUCCUUGUAAAGAAAUUGAAAUGAAGCACUGGACAGCACACUCUAACUAUAUCACUCGACUGCAAUCUACAGAACAAUACACUAUUCAUAUGCCACCAGUAUCUGUGCAUGUGGACGUACUCCUGAAGUGUUUCUAUAAUUUGCUUGCAAUUAUUUGGUUUAAUUUCUGGUACUUAAAUAUUAAUCGAAAUUAAUGAAAGUCUGUUAUAAGUGAAACAUCACAUUUGAAGAUAUGAAAAUUAGCCCCAAAUUAUACAAAAAGCACCAGUAGUUUGUUUCAGUGCCUUGCAUAACACUCCAAGCCACAAAUUCUUAAAAAAGUGAAGAAUUGAAUAUACAAGGCAUUUAAGAGAGACUGUCCAAGAUUACUGAUGUGGAAUUGAUUUAAUCACUGUAGAAAGCUGGCCUCUAGUAAACCAAGAAGAGGUUACUUUAUAGAUAUUAUGGGUAGACAGGUGUGGCAUUAUUAUAUUAAAAUUAAAUUAUUUACUACAGAUGACAGCUUAAUAUUGGGUACAAGACUGUCUGCAUUUUGAAGUUAAAGUCAUGUAACAGCAUUCUGUAAAAACGUGUUGUGUUUAUAUUGUUUCUGAAGUUGUUGAAAGUCAGUUGUUUCUCCAUAAACUCUGAGCAGAUUUCAUUUAGUGGUGACAAGCAAAAUGAGCCGAUGAAAAGUAACAGCUUUUAUGGCCGGACAUCUACAGAGCUUUCAUUGACCUCCAGGAGUAUCUCAGUUCACAUGGACAGUAGAUACUGACAGGUUAACACUACCGUAUCACCCUCAAGAUGCAGUCUGAAGUGUUUCAAGAUAAUCCCUCAUGUUCUGCUAAUAGUUUUCUUUUUUUCUCACUUAAGUUUCUCAGUGGGUGAGGCUAUUUUUUAUUAGAAUAUCUUGAUUUUCUGUAAAGCCAAGGAACUGAUUGACACUUUUGUUUUUCCUCUUAGUAAGGCAUUGAAUGAUUUGACCCCACUGUCUAUUUUAUACACAUUUUUAUGGGGUCAUCAUUUGUGUAGAUGUGUUAAAGCCAAGAGCAUUUGUUUGAAACUGCAUGGUCAAAAAUAAUAUGAAAGCCGUAUCCACACCUAUGACGUCUAUUAUGUGAUGACAUUUUGCCGUGCCACAAACUUGCAUCACUAUAAUGUUCUGGAUGUGAGGGUUACUGGUCAUUUACUACCUGCAUUUUACUGUACACUGAGAGAGAGAGCGAGAGAGAGAGUGCAUGAUGAAAGCAGCUACUGAAAAUGAAGAAGAGAAUAUCCGAUUUCUCUCUGAAUGCUGGGCAGACAGCUCUCUGUCCCCCCAGUCAUGGAUUAACAUUUGUUGGCCAUCCUGCCGUGCCCUCUGUUGUUUUACCAGAAGGAAAUCUGAGCACAUGCGAUAAGGAUGGACUUGAAAAUGACAUAAAAUUCAUUCGAAAGAGACUGACAUUCCCCUCUUCAAAAAUGGCUGGAGUUCUGCAUUUCUCAACGGCAAUGACGGUGGGUAAAGGAACAUUUUUGAGACAAAGUCCUGUAUUUGUUUGUCCUUUUUUGAAGAAAUACCUGCAUGAAUAAAAUACUGUUCUGAAAAAGACACUGGAAAUAAAUACAUAGCCUUCUUGUCAACAGUGGUACAGGUCUUUUAUUGUAGCAUCAAUGGAGCCGACCUCUCCAGAUUCUCUUCACUACUUUGAUUAACAGUUUUGCCACAGACUGUGGUACCUCUUUGUGCAAUAGUCAUCGUCUAUGGAAUUCAGUGGCUCUACUCAUGUCAAAUAAAAGGACGAGAACCUCACGUCUUUUUUUUUUUUCAAACCAUGACCCAAAGCAGUCCGUGUGGGACAAAAAAAAAAAAAAAACAGCAACAACAUAACAAAACAAAAAAAGAAAAGAAAAUGGCAUUAGAGACAGCCGUCUUGGUGUACAGUGCUGUUAGAAAUGUUAUGGAACCUCUGUGUCUCUGAUGCAUCCUCUUCAUGUGCCGUUGUGUGGUGUGUGGAAGAGUAGUGUGUAGUUUAAAAGAAAAAAAAAAAAGUGUGUCGCUAGACUCGCUACAGAACUCUUGUCUUAUACCGCAGAGCCAUCUAAUGGCAACCUGUCCUCUCCGAGACUUCUCUUUUUUUUCUUUCCUCUCAUUAAAGAUGAAAUAAAGAAAAUGGAAGCUUC